AUGCUGCUCCCCCCGGCGCUGGGCGCCCGCCUAGCCGGGGCGCCGGGGGCGUCCGAACCGCUGCCCGUCGAGAGGGACCCCGCAGCCGGGAUGGCGCCCUUCCGCUUCACGGCGCGCCCAGUGCGCUUCCCGCGGGACCACGAAUUCUUCGAGGACGGGGAUGUGCAGCGACACCUCUAUCUGCAAGACGUGCUCACACAGGUGGCAGCGCCGCCAGAGAAGUCCAGGGUGCCCGAGUUCACCUGUCAAGUGGCAGGCUGCUGCCAGGUAUUUGCAGCACUGGAGGACUACCAGCAUCAUUACCACAUGCUGCACAGGAAUGUCUGCUCCCUCUGCAACCGGACUUUCCCUUCGGAGCACUUGCUGGAGGCCCACAUCCUAGAGUGGCAUGACUCACUCUUCCAGAUCCUGGCAGAGAGGCAGGACAUGUACCAGUGCUUGGUUGAAGGUUGCCCAGAGAAGUUCAAGAACAGCCAAGACCGGAAGGAUCACAUGGUGAGGCUCCACCUGUACCCUGCGGAUUUCCGAUUUGACAAGCCCAAGACAAGCAGAGGCCUCUCCUUGCCCAGAGCCAGCGCAGGCCUGUCCACCGGAGCCCACCACACUGAGGACCCUAUGGAAGUCUGUUUUGAAGACACCAUGGAAAUCAGCUCCGAAUCCCCUGCCCUGCCCCCCUGUAGAAGGACCUACAGUCAGAGAGUACCUCCUACCAUCUGUUUUGGCCAGGGUGCAUCUCGAGGGUUUAAAAGCAAGAAAAGAAAUAAACACCACUGACUCAAGAAGGGGAGAGAACCAAAUGUCUGAGCAGAAGGCCUGGGAGACAGGGCCUUGGGCAGGAAUCUAUCCACUGGGAUCUCCCUCCAGUUCCUGGUGUGACUGUCCUGGCAUCUCUUUGCCACCUUGUCUCUGUUCCCCAUGAGUAAAGCAGCAGCUAUGACUAGAAACAGCAGGAACCAAGACACACUGUGAGGAACUGGUUGGGGAAAUGGCCACCUUGCUCCAGAAACUCUAAAGUCUCCAUAUCCAGUACAGCUGUACAGCUGGCCCAAUGCUGUUGCUUUGACUGAAUCCUUGACCACACAGCAGUGGGAGAGAUGCCUCUGUGUUCCUGCAAUCUUACCCAGCCAGCAAGCCCUGCUGGGACACAGCCAGAAGAGUGCAGAAGGCAGCCCCACUGCGAGAACAGAGCAGCAGAAGCCCUUUCCAGCAGUAGUGUGGGCAUCAGGAGUGAUGUGAAUGCGGAGCUGCAGUAGGAAAUAGCAAGUCGGGAAGUUGAGCUAGUAUGUGGAACCUAGAUAUCCAGGAUAUCCAGGAGAUAUCCAGGAGAAGGCUGCUCUGCCUGGGUGAAGGCAGGACCCCAGGGCCAGGUGGGAGAGGCCUUACCUCAUAACCUACUUGUUCUGGGC